CAUGCCGGGGAUGGACACAUAGGAUAACAUGCCGGGGAUGGACACAUAGGAUAACAUGCCGGGGAUGGACACACAUAGGAUAACAUGCUGGGGAUGGACACAUAGGAUAACACACUGGGGAUGGACACAUAGGAUAACACACUGGGGAUGGACACAUAGGAUAACAUGCCGGGGAUGGACACAUAGGAUAACAUGCUGGGGAUGGAAACAUAGGAUAACAUGCUGGGGAUGGACACAUAGGAUAACAUGCUGGGGAUGGACACAUAGGAUAACAUGCCGGGGAUGGACACAUAGGAUAAAA